GACAUACGGUGCGGUAUCCUCUCGCGAGAGUUGGUUAGCAGUCGCAGCAGCUCUGAGCGGGACUCUUCAGUUCCCCCUGUAGCCGGGCAGUGUGUACGGGAGGCGGCCUUUUUGAAAAAACAGUCAAGAUGGAUGAAAUGGAAGACAACACCACCGUCCUGUCUACGCUCCGGUCUUUUAAUAAAUUCCUCUCCCAGCCGUUUGAGGGUACUCCCCCCAGCGCCAAUACCUCCAACACAAGCGGAGCUUCUUUACAGAUGCAGUUUCAACAAAGAUUCCUGCUGGAGGACCAGGCUGCACAGAUUCGCUCAAAGUCACAAUUUAUUCAGGUGGAAAGAGAGAAGAUUCAGAUGGAGCUGAGCCAUAAGCGGGCCCGUAUUGAACUGGAAAAGGAAGCCAGUACUAAUGCCAUGAACUAUGAGCGGGAAGCGGACAGAAACCAAGAUCUGCUUACGCGCAUCAAAGCUCUAGAGGAGAAGGAAAUGGAAUUUCAAAGUAAACUCCAGGAGCAGACUGAAAUGUAUAAGUCCUCUAAGAAGACAAUAGAAUUGCAGAGCAAGAAACUCAUUGAAAAAGAGAACAAACUCGCUGAGGCCAAUGAGGCUAUCAGUGUGUUAAAGGGGAAAGUAUCUGAACUCCAGUUGAAGGUCAUGAAUCAAGAAAUGCAAAUAAAAACUCAGGAAACCGAGAAGCAGGAGCUGAACGAACAGCUGGAAAUUCUGCGCAAGAAGAUGCAGGAUAGCACUCACACAACACAGGCUUUACAGGAACUUCAGGUGUUAACUACAGACUAUGAAUUAAAGAUAAAGACCUUGGAACAGAAACUGUCAUCUCAGGAGCAGGAUGCUGCCAUUGUGAAGAACAUGAAGUCUGAUCUGGAAAAACUACCAAAGAUUGAGAGGGAACUACAGCAGCUAAGGGAGGAGAAUUCUUACCACAGGGAAAUGAGAGAAAAUAAUGCGCUGCUGAAGGAAGAGGUGGAAUCACUGCGCAGAGCUGCUGAACGCUAUGACCGAAUGAAGGAAGAACUGGUUGCUUUAGAGCUAGAUAAGGAAAAAAUUCUUAAGAAAUUGAAGAGCUGGGAGAACAUGGAGCAAACUACUGGCCUCAGCAUUAAGACUCCAGACGAUAUCUCCAGACAGAUACUUGCCAUUCAGCAGCGGGAGAUUAAGCUGAAAGAAGAAAACCUCAGCAUUACUAACAGUGCCCGGAUGUUCGAAAGUGCCAGGAAGAAGCUGCAGGAAGAGCAGCUGAAGACUCAAGGCAACUACCUCGAGGAGAAGAAGAAAAGAGAACAGCACGAAGCGCUGGUGAGACGUCUGCAGAAGAGGGUGCUGCUGCUCAGCAAGGAGAGAGAUGGAAUGAGGGCUAUCCUGGAUUCAUACGAUAGUGAGCUGACUCCAUCGGAGCACAAUCCACAGCUCAGUCGCCGUCUCCGUGAGGCUGAAGAGAAUCUGCAGAAAGUCCAUGCACACAAUGCUGAAAUGGAGGUUCAGUUGUCUCAGGCUUUGGAAGAAACUGGUUUGCAAAAACAAAGGGCUGAACUGCUAACUGCAGAACUUAGUCUUCUGAAGUCACAGAUGAGCACGACGGACCAGAGCGCCUCCAUCACGAGCGAGGCCGUCAAUUCUCUCAGGUUGAAAAUUGAGGAGCUUGAAGCCGAACGUGGCCGGUUAGAGGAGGAGAAUAGAAACCUGGAGAUGAGGCUGGAGAGACUGAGUCUUCAGGGUUGCUAUGAUCCAAGCAAAGUAAAAGUGAUUCAUUUUAGUAUGAAUCCUGCAAGUAAGGCCAAACAGCAGCGCAAGGAUGAAGUCCAGAACCUCCAGGAGGAGUGCAAUAAACUCAGGGAACUCGUCCGUAUUUUGGAGGGAGGCGCCGCAGUUACUGACAAACUUGAAGUUGCUGGGAGUAUUCAGACACCUAUUCAGGAAGUCACAGAGCUAAAGAAACAAGUGGAGAGUGCAGAACUGAAGAACCAGCGUCUCCGGGAAGUGUUUCAAACCAAAAUCCAUGAAUUCCGCACUGUAUGCUACAUGCUGACCGGAUACCGGAUUGACAUCACUACGGAGAACCAGUACAGACUCACCUCCAUGUACGCAGAGCAUAAGGACGAUAAUUUGCUUUUUAAGUCAACAAGUCCAUCUGGUGGAAAGUUGCAACUACUGGAAACCAACUUCUCCAGGACCUUGAAUGACUUCAUUGAUCUUCACCUACACCACCAGAACAGCAUCCCAGCCUUCUUGAGCGCUGUCACGCUUGACCUCUUCAGCCGUCAAACUUUUGCCUAGAAGACGUUGAGACCCUUUCCCUUUACCCCUUAUCCCUAACCUGUAACUUACCCAAUAAGAAGCCACGUCAGAUUUCGCACAACUUCUAUACAACACUGAUAUUUCUUACAGAAGUAAUUGGGGGGAGAGGGGGGAGGCUAACUGGGUUGUAUACCAUGAACUCUAGUGUCAACAGGAGCCGCGUUCUGCUAUAUUUUUGUAUAAUUUGAUCUACUUUUUCAGGGUGAUACAAUACUUUGUAUUUAAUAUAUUUUGCAGGGGGUGGUUAUUUUUUUUUUAGAAGAGGAUGCAUAAUGGACCAUCUACAAAUAAAUGUGGGCUACUAUAUGAACCAGUUAGUUUGAAAGAGACAGUAACUUUGGUCAUGACAUGAAUCUAUUUCUAUGGUAUGGGCCUUCACCUCAAAGCGGAAUGCGAAAGAGUCUAGUCAAAAUGAGUUUCCCAUCGAACCUUUUUCCUUUGUAUGUGUCCCAACUCUGUUUUUUAGAGAUCAGUCCCAUCUUGAAGGUGGCUGUAGACUUGAAGGUGGCUGUGGCCUGUAAUUGAAUUAUUAUAUGGUAUACUAAAUAACAUUGUAUAGUACGAGCAUUGACUUUGCACAUAGAAGACUCUCUUAGUGGCUGGCAUGGACUCGGUCAAGUCAAAUGCCGGUCCCUCGGGUAUGGAAUAGACUUGAUUUGAAUGUAGCCUUUCACGGCAUCAAUAAUUGAAAAGGUUACCGUGCACCCAUUCAUUAUGGCAUUUGAGCUGUAUCUUAUGUUACUGAAGGCACGUAUACAACAGCUUGACUUCUUAUCAUGGUAUUUCAGUGUCACAUCGAGAAAUUGACCUGCUGACUCCUUUCUUCAGUGUCUGCUGAUAAUGAUGAUGAUUUAACUAUCUAUUCAUCGAUUCAGACCUUUUACUGUAACAUUUCUGACUAUUAUUGAGCAGUUAUGGCUUUUUUUUUUACCAAAUAAAAGUAAA